AUGGACCAAGAGUUAUUUAAAAACCCAUUUGAAGUUGCUCCACCAUCUGAUGAUUCUUUUGCAUCCUUAGAAAAAUUCACUUAUGAAUUGGUGGGGGCAGUUCCCCAAAAGAAGUUCAAUAGAUUCAGAAGCAAGCUGAUCAACCUCUACAAAGCACUUGCAUCUAAACUAGAAGAAGAGGCUCCUCCACAAGAUGAUAUGUCUGAAAUUCGAGAGAUGCUUCAAGACUUAAGAGAAGACAUGUCUCAAGAGCUUAAUGAAAAGUUAGGUAGCCUCAGAAAAGAUGUCGAGAGCAUGAAAAAAGAACUACAAUCAGUGGAUGCACAAAUGCAAUUUGUUGAUACCAAUUCUAGAGGAUAUUAUAUUGAUAUUACCUCAAAAAUCAAGGAAAAUAAUUCCGAGAUAAACAAGGCAAGAACCUCAGCACAGAGAUCGGAAAACACUGUAAACAGAGUUAUUUUCAAAGAUACAAAGCCAGUUCCAUUUAUCAAUGGACAAAAAACUCCUUCUGAACUGCCUGAAUUAAGAGUUAUUUCUGACAUUGAUAAUUUGAAUCCAAGCCAACUAAAAACAUACCUGGAGGGAUAUGGUGGUAAGUAUGAAGAUAAAGAACCUCAGGCAUCUCUUAAAAGAAAGCUUGCAGAUCACGUUGGUUUUGUUACGUCCGAAGAUUCCCGUUACGAGUUCUCAGACAAUAAUGAACCCCUUUCUAAAUAUGCCAAAUCGGUACACCAAACCGAAGGUGAAGAGUCAUGCUCCAUCAAAGGUUGA